UUUCCUUGCGGCCAUUUUCCUGCUUUCGCACGUGUUGCUUCAGCACAGACGUAAGCAGCCAUGGCACCAAGUCGGAAUGGGAUGAUUCUGAACCCUCAUUUCCACAAGGACUGGCAGAAGAGAGUCCGCACUUGGUUUAAUCAGCCAGCCAGAAAAAUCCGCAGACGUAAGGCACGACAAGCUAAAUCCCGCCGAAUUGCUCCACGCCCAGUUGCAGGUCCCCUCCGACCAAUUGUUAGGUGUCCUACCAUUAGGUAUCACACUAAAGUACGUGCUGGCCGAGGCUUCAGCCUGGAGGAGCUCAAGGCAGCGGGCAUAAACAGGAAAGUGGCACGCACUAUUGGCAUUGCUGUUGACCAUAGACGACGCAACAGGUCAACAAAAUCUAUUCAGUGUAAUGCUCAACGGCUGAAGGAGUAUCGCUCCAAACUCAUCAUCUUCCCGAAGAAGGCGUCUGCACCUAAGAAGGGUGAUGCUUCUCCUGAAGAAAUGAAGCUGGCGACUCAGCUGAGUGGACCAGUCAUGCCCAUCAAGAACGUGUUCGAGAAAGAAAAAGCCCGGGUAAUCUCUGAGGAUGAAAAGAAGUUCAUGGCCUUUGUCUCCCUUCGUAUGGCCCGGGCAAACGCUCGUCUGUUUGGUAUACGUGCAAAGAGAGCCAAGGAAGCAGCUGAACAAGAUGUCGAGAAGAAGAAAUAAAAGUCUAAAAUUAUAUCUGGAACUUUUUCAAUAAAGCACCUGGUAAAAUGUU